AUUCCACAUAUUUCCAACACAAUUUAAUCCAUCAUGUCUCUGUUUCUGAAGAAGUUGUUGUUAUUCAUUCUCUUCUUCUUCUACAUGGCUUCAAUUUCUCAAGGCUCCGACCCAACCGGUGGACAGUUUAGCUUCAACGGUUACUUGUAUACCGAUGGAGUUGCGGAUCUAAACCCGGACGGUUUGUUCAAACUCAUAACUUCAAAGACACAAGGAGGAGCUGGCCAAGUUCUUUACCAGUUCCCAGUCAAGUUCAAGAACUCACCAAAUGGCACAGUUUCAUCCUUUUCCACCACUUUCGUCUUCGCCAUCGUCGCAGUCCGUAAAACAAUCGCGGGUUGUGGACUUUCCUUCAACAUCUCUCCUACAAAAGGUUUGAAUUCUGUUCCAAAUAUCGACCCCUUCUCUUCCUCUAACCGUUCUGUUUCGGUUGAAUUCCAUACCGCUAAAAGCGAGAAACCGGAUGGUGAAGAUGUAAACGUCGUUGGUAUCAAUGUCGAUAGGACGGAAACGGAUAGAAAUUGUUCGGCUGGUUAUUACAAAGAUGAUGGUAGAUUUAUAAAUCUAGACAUUGCAAGUGGGAAGCCAAUACAGGUAUGGAUUGAGUAUAACAACUCAACUAAAAAGCUUGAUGUUACAAUGCAUUCUAUUCAGAUUUCUAAGCCUAAGACUCCUCUGUUUUCGUUGCGGAAAGAUCUUUCUCCGUAUCUACGUGAGUAUAUGUAUAUAGGCUUCACUUCAGUGGGAAGUCCAACUUCUUCGCACUACAUUCUUGGCUGGAAUUUCAAUAACACUGGAACAGUUUCAGAUAUAAAUCUCUCCCGUCUUCCCAAAGUCCCCGAUGAAGAUCAAGAUCGAUCGUUGAGUUCCAAGAUCUUGGCGAUUAGUUUAAGUAUUUCAGGAGUUACACUUGUUAUCGUCUUGGUUCUUGGAUUUAUGUUCUUCUUGAAAAGGAAGAAGUUCUUGGAAGUGAUUGAGGACUGGGAGCUAUGUGACCACGGGAUUGAUUCUCAAACCUCAAAUGUCGCAGGUACAUUUGGAUAUAUAUCACCAGAGCUCUCAAGAACAGGGAAGUCAAGCACAAGUUCUGAUGUUUUUGCAUUUGGAGUGUUCAUGUUGGAGAUUACUUGCGGAAGAAGACCCAUUGAACCACGAGGAUCACCAAGCGAGAUGGUUUUGACUGAUUGGGUACUAGACUGUUGGGGCAGUGGAGAUAUAUUGCAGGUAGUUGAUGAGAAACUAGGGCACAGGUAUCUUGCGGAACAAGUAACUUUGGUUUUGAAACUGGGUUUGCUUUGCUCGCAUCCAGUGGCAGCCACUAGACCAAGCAUGUCAAGCGUAAUCCAAUUCUUAGACGGUGUAGCCACGCUUCCUCAUAACUUGCUAGACCUUGUGAAUGCUCGGAUAAUCGAUGGAGGAUUCGAUGCAUUAGGUGAAACAACUGAGUCUAUGGAGGCGAGUAGUAACGUUUCCGUGGUCAUGACGGAAUCGUUUCUCUCUAGUGGACGUUAACUAAUGAUCAUUUAUAUUGUAGAGUUGAGAUUGUAUAAUGAGAAUGGAAAUGGUUGUUUCUCUGUUUCCAUUAAUAGUAACAAUCGAAAACUAUUAUAUUAAAUCUGUUUAAAAUAC